UCACACUCUGUGUCCAGAGAAGCAUGUCAGCCAGAGGAGGAAAGAAGAAGGCCACCAAGCUGUCCCGUUCAGCCAGAGCGGGUGUCAUCUUCCCAGUGGGGCGGAUGAUGAGGUAUCUGCGCACUGGCACACACAAAUAUCGCAUUGGCAUGGGGGCUCCUGUGUACAUGGCAGCUGUCAUCGAGUACCUGGCAGCUGAGAUUUUGGAGUUGGCAGGAAAUGCAGCACGGGACAACAAGAAAGGCAGAAUAACUCCAAGGCAUAUCAAGCUGGCUGUGGCCAAUGAUGAGGAGCUUAACCAGCUUCUGCGAGGAGUGACUAUAUCAAAUGGAGGGGUUCUGCCUCGGAUCCAUCCAGAGCUGCUGUCCAAGAAGAGGGGAGGCCGAGUGAAAGUGGACAGCCAGGCAUCUGUCCCAGAUAAGCAGGAAGAACGCUCAAAGAGCAAGAAACCCAUCAAAACCUUCAAAAAGGUUAAAGGCAAACGAGGGCGCAAGCCAAAGAGCACAGAUAAUGACAAAGAGGCUGUACCAAACUCCACAGUGGAAGACAGUCCAGGAGACGGAUUCACCAUCCUAUCAGCAAAGAGUCUGUUCCUCGGACAAAAACUUUCACUAACAGAAAGUGAAAUGAGUAAAAUUGGAACAAUCAAGGUGGAGGGAAUUAUUAACCCAACAAAUGCGGAAAUGGACCUCAAAGAUGGCGUGGGCAAUGCCCUGGAGAAAGCUGGAGGUCGAGAGUUCCUGGAGGGAGUUAAGGAGCUGAGGAAAGCACAAGGGCCUUUGGAGGUGGCAUCAGUGGCAGUGAGCCAGGCCAGUGGGAUGGCAGCCCGCUUCAUCAUCCACUGUAACAUCCCUCAGUGGGGCUCAGAGAAGUGUGAGGACCAGCUAGAGAAGACAGUGAAGAACUGCCUCUCAGCAGCAGAGGAGAAGAAGCUCAAGUCUGUGGCUUUUCCCUCACUGCCUGCUGGACGGAAUGGAUUCCCGAAGCAAACAGCCGCUCAGCUUAUCCUCAAGGCCAUCUCCAACCACUUUGUGUCAUCUACCAGCUCCUCUCUGAAAAACAUUUACUUUGUGCUGUUUGACAGUGAGAGCAUUGGAAUAUACCUUCAGGAAAUGGCCAAGCUGGACGCCAAAUGAGGAUUGCCGGUUUGUGUGUGGGGGGCUGUUUUUUUAACUGUUGUUGCUGGUGGUGUAGGUAGGUGAUCCCACAGUAGGGCUUUUCAUGUGGAAUAUGUCUCAUUUAAAGUUGAAAUCUAUUUGUGUGUGGAGUGCUGUUCACAUUUCUUUUCCACUGUCCCUUCAAAAGAUCGUAUUCUUUCUAGACUAGAUAAUUUAAGUGCGUACAGUUUGCUAUCUUGGUUCCUUGUUUCACUGUUUUUACAUUCCAUGUACAAUAACAGUUCUUUCCCACACCUCUGUAGAGUCUGAUAUAUUUAGUUUACUAAAUAAAACCUGUCGUUCGCAUUCUGCUUUGAAAUAAAACAUGUUUUACACCAGAGGUCUCCUCAGUUUCAACACCCCUUUUCUACCAUUUUCCUCUCGUUUUUCACAUUAUUGUUCUAGAGUUCACAGUAAACUUGCACAUAACCUGUGUGGUAGACUUUUGGAUUUUAUAAAUAGCAUUUGAUAGAAAAUAUUGUCUGUAAUUCUAUCAAAAAUUUUAACUUUUUUCUUGACUGCUUUGGCUCAAUUUUUGGAUGGCCUUUUGAAGUUUGUUACUAGUGCUUAUUGCAGACAUUCACUCUGUCACAGUUUGAGAAAAUAAUGACUGUAUGUCUUCGUAGUAGUUUUUUCUCAGUUGAACAGCUUCUCUCUCCAAAAUAAAUUAGCAUUAUUCCAUUUUGUCAUGUAGAGCAGUCCAUCUAAAUGUCAAAAAUUGCUGAGGUCAUAGGUGUAAGUAACGAGUAUGAGUUUUGGAAAAUGUAUGUAUAGGGUUCAAAUGCAACACAGAUAAAACAAGGAUACUCAAGGAUGAAUAUCGAGCAUGUGUGAGUGAGAAGAGGAAGAAAAGAGAAUUGAAGAUUCAGAAGAGUGCAGAGGAUUGAUGUGGCAGCUUUUUUCCCCAUUACAUGGCAAAGCGUUGUGAGAGGUGUUAAAUGGUCUGACAUGUCCACUGAUUCCAGCACUUUUUUCUUGUAAAGUCUAAUUCUGUAUUUUUUUCCCAGAAUGUGUUUUUCGUACUGACAGUCUACAGUUCUUGUUCUGUGCAUUGUGUAAAAAUUCAUAGUUUCUGUAUUAUAGUACAUAGUUUGCUGUGUUAUGUGACCAUUGAUGGAAAACUGUUCCCUACAUGCAAAUGUAAGCACUGUUUCUAUACAAAUUUUAAAACCUGGAGCUCUUGAAGUCAGCAUCUGAGGAAUACCCACUCUGAUACACAACAUAAGUCAGUUACCCAGAGAAAUAAACCAGUAGUCUGGUAGAGCAGGUAUUCAGUGUCAGUGCAAACAUGUAAGACAAGUACAAGAAUGCACCACUAGAGACCACCAUCAUAUAACAAAAAAAUCUGUUCUGACCCUCAUGGUUUACACCUGGUUUCAGAGGAACAGUUCAUUCUGGUGUCGGUGAAUUAUAAAACAUUAUCUUAGACAUGAACCAAAAACAGGUGUUUGCAGGUUAUCUGCAGUGUUUAGAUGCAUGUGUGGGCUAAACACUCAUAUAUGGAGGAAAAUGGGCAGUACUGUGCAAAAGGCUUGAGCUAACCCUCAUUUCUUUAAAUUUCAUAAGGAAAAUGGAAAUUUGUGCAUCAAUUUAUUUAAAUGUGCAAACAUAAAUUGAAAUGCAAAUAAGCUUGAAAGUCAAUAUUAGGUAUGACCACCUUUGUUUUUCAACACAGCCUGAACACUCUUAGGCAAACUCAUAAUUUUUAAAGUAAUAGUUCUCCUGGCUUCUUGAAGGACAUUUGAAAGCUUUUCUUUGAUGUUGGCUGCGUUUGUUUCAUUCUUCUGUCGAGGAAUCCCACAUUGCUUAAAUGAUCUUGAGGUCUGGUCUCUGGGGAGGCCAGUCCAUGAGUGAUAAUAUUCCAUUGUAUUUUUUUUUUUAUAUCAAAUUGUGUUUGGGAUCAUUGUCAUACUGCAAAUUGAAGCCAUUGUCAAUUAUACACUAUCCAGAUGAUUUUGAA